UUUUCCUCUUGUUGUCCAGACUGGAGUGCAGUGGCGUGCUAUCUUGGCUCAUUGCAACCUCUGUCUCCUAGGAUCAAGUGAUUCUCCUGCCUCAGCCUCCAGAGUAGCUAGGAUUACAGGCAUGCAUCACCAUGCCCAUCUAAUUUUGUAUUUUUAGUAGAAAUGGGAUUUCACCAUGUUGGCUAGGCUGGUCUUGAACUCUUGAUCUCAGGUGAUCCACCCACCUCACCCUCCCAGAGUGCUAGGAUUACAGGCUUGAGCCACCAUGCCUGGCUUUCCUUUUUUUUUUAAGAGUGAUACUUGGGGCCAGACCGGAAGCACACCGCUGGAGCUAGAUCCUGCUCCUCUGGGUUGAAAUUCGGGCGCCGCCAAGAUGCCGGCUUACCACUCUUCUCUCAUGGAUCCUGACACCAAACUCAUUGGAAACAUGGCACUGUUACCUAUCAGAAGUCAAUUCAAAGGACCUGCCCCCAGAGAGACAAAAGAUACAGAUAUUGUGGAUGAAGCCAUCUAUUACUUCAAGGCCAAUGUCUUCUUCAAGAACUAUGAAAUUAAGAAUGAAGCUGAUAGGACCUUGAUAUAUAUAACUCUAUACAUUUCUGAGUGUCUGAAGAAACUCCAAAAGUGCAAUUCCAAAAGCCAAGGUGAGAAAGAAAUGUAUACACUGGGAAUCACUAAUUUUCCCAUUCCUGGAGAGCCUGGUUUUCCACUUAAUGUGAUUUACGCCAAACCUGCAAACAAACAGGAAGAUGAAGUGAUGAGAGCCUAUUUACAACAGCUAAGGCAAGAGACUGGACUGAGACUUUGUGAGAAAGUUUUUGACCCUCAGAAUGAUAAACCCAGCAAGUGGUGGACUUGCUUUGUGAAGAGACAGUUCAUGAACAAGAGUCUUUCAGGACCUGGACAGUGAAGGGAGCUCGGGCAGCCACCAUCUCCAGAUUCCUGGGCAGCAUUUUCCAGCAAGAUAUACACAAUCUUUUGCCUUUAUUUCAUAAAGUUUUAUACAGAAGAGAGAAGAGCAUGUCUUUACUUGAGAAACUCUUGAUCAAGAAUUUGGGUAGGAGAAAAGAAAGUGUGUUAUCAAGGGUGAUUUGAAAUUUUCUGCAGUAUUAAGCUGGCGCUUAAUAAGAAUAUGUAAUAAUAAAGAAAUUUCUAACAUUCCAAAAAAAAAAAAAAAG